GAAUACGACAAUGACGAUUUUGGAGCGCCAGAUGUGGAUGAUUAUUAUGAACCAUCUCCUUCUCUCGCAUCAUGCACUCCUGCUCCUAACGAGAAUGCGAAGGAAAUGAUAGGAAACACAGAGAGCGAAGAAAGGGAACUGAAAAAGGAGAUGGAAGAGAUGGAAGUCGAGCCAGUUCAUAAAGAAGUAGAAGGAAAGCCACCUGUGCAAACAAUGCUGUUAGCAGCUGAAUGGGAUGAUACCAAAGAAACGUGCAGCGAACCCACUGUAGAAGUGACAGCUGGAUCAGAGGCAUUUUAUGUGAAGGAAGAUGGCCAACAAAUGAUUCGAAUGUAUUGGCUGGAUGCUUUUGAGGAUCCAGUAAAGCAUUCUGGUACCGUAUACUUAUUUGGCCGCGUAAAUGUUAGUGGAAGCAAGUGGGCCAGUUGUUGUGUAACGAUCAAGAACAUCUUUCGUCAAGUUUUCUUCUUGCCAAGAGAGACACAAGCCAAGAAACACUUUAUGCAUGAUGGAACUAUAUCUGAAGAUCACUGCGCCGACGAGAUUAAAGUAAUAGAAGUACAGUAUGAGAGUAGUUAUCCCAAACUACCUACUGAUUUGUCUGGAGAAACUUUCUCAGCUGUAUUCAAUACUACAACUACUGCAAUGGAACGACUCUUAGUUGAAAAGGCGAUGAUGGGCCCUGGCUGGAUUGACAUCAGCAACUAUACUGAAGUUACUGCGAAACAGUCUUACUGCGACUAUGAGUUCAGUGUAGAUAUGGAGAGGAUGCGAAACCUUACUUACAACACAUCAAUAACUCAAAAUCCGCCACCCGUACGCAUGCUUGUACUGAAUGUUCUAACAACAUUGAAUGAAAAGAAGGAAAAUGAGAUCUGUAUGAUAUCAACACUAUAUAAUCCUGCUUGUAGCCUUAGCAAUCCUAGCACUGAUCAAAAGGAUCUUCAUCGAUUAUGCAUGUUCACCAAACCUUGUGGCGGCACGCUGCCUUUUGACAUAAAAGAUCAACUGAACAGGCGAGGCCUAGCCGAUAUUGUCCUAACCGCCGGAAACGAAAAAGCUCUCCUAUCGCUUUUUCUUGCAAAGAUUCACAAAUACGAACCUGACAUUAUUGUAGUAAGUUAUUUUGGUGUGAUAAGGGUUGAUGCCAUAUUGCCUGUGUUUUCAUCUCAGCAAUUGCUGAACCUUAUUCAAUGGAGUUGGAUGGACCCUUGGCUCUCUCUAAGAGUCAUAGCCCAGAUCAAUGCGCUCCAGCUUGCUGUACAGAUCACUAACAUUGUUGGAGGGGUUACGUCCCGAACAUUGAUGGGUGGAAGAGCUGAACGAAACGAAUUUUUGCUGUUGCACGCAUUCAACAAGGCUAAUUAUAUAGCGCCGAACAAGUAUCAGACAAGUUUUAAGAAAGGGAAUCAGGAAAAGUUUGCGAAAAAUGAAGAUGACGAGAUUACUGAAGAGAAUGAAACUGAAGUUAAGUCUAAGAAUAAAGCCCAGUAUUCAGGCGGUUUGGUCUUGGAACCGAAGAAAGGUGAGUUAUCUGAUAGUCAACUGAUUUAA